AUGGAGAAGCCGCUACCGGAGCCCAUCCCCUCGGCAGCCGGCAGCCGCGGAGGAGGGGCGGAGCAGUUCAGGUCGCUCGUCGACCCCGAUGACGUCGCCUCCAUCAGGCAGACCACCUCAUCUAAUACACUGAUAACUAUUACAGGUCUUAAAAUGCAAAGGUGCAAGCAUUUUGAGAUUGGAGGCAAGAAGGGCAAGGGAACUUAUGUACAUUCGAAAAUAAACGGUUAUCCUACAGCCUUCAGCAUGAAGAUUGCGUUCAAGUUGUGUUCUAUUGUCACUUGUGCAUUAGUGGUUGCAGAAUAUAAAGUCUUCAAGAGAAAUACCGCUGCCGGCUGCACUGUAAUAUUUUAUCAGAACUCCGAUGGGAAGACUUUCAAGAAGGAGCGCUUAGAUGCUGAGCUGAAGCUGGUUGGUGAGUAUGGUCUGCGCUGCAAGCGUGAGCUGUGGCGCGUGCAGUAUGCCCUGAGCCGUAUCAGAAAUGCAGCCAGGGAGCUGCUCACCCUAGAUGAGAAGAACCCACGCCGUAUCUUUGAGGGUGAGGCGCUCCUCCACCGCAUGAACCGAUGA